AUGCGGCAGCCAGAAGAUGCUAUCUCGCAUUGUUGCCACGCUGACGAGGAGUCGGGCACAGAGGAGAUGGAUGCGAGCCUCUACCUUUGCAAGAGGAGACGUGCGUACUGCCCGCCGCGGGUGGAAACAGAGGAGGAGUCACAGCUGCCGACAGCAACCGGCUCAGAUGGAGCGGGCCGCACGCUUCUUGAAGCAUUGGCGACGAAGCCAAGGUCGAAUCCGCACUUGCCCUUGGGCAGUGACGGAGAGGCCUUGCUUCUGGUCCGCCGAGCCCGGGCUUUCCAGGGCGACAUGUGCGCUAAAGCGCUAGCAGCGGAGUUCCUGGCGAAGGCGCCUUCGGUGCCUUGA